UUAAAUUAAUAAUUUUUUUAUCACACAACACCAGCACGUAAAGGACAUAGUUCGUCGAUCUGAAAGGAACCGAGUUUAUAAACAUAUGGAGAGAAUUCGUUUUUUAGCAUUUUGCAUUGCUUGAUACUGAUAAUAUUCACGAAAAUAACUUAAGUAAAAUGUCCAGCGACUCAGAUUCUUCCGCAUCAUCAGAGGAACAUUAUAAGCAGAAGAAAAAUAAGAAACUCAAAAGGAAGUCGGAGAAAAAGAAGCAUAAGAAAAAGGAAAGGAAGGAGAAGAGACACAAGGACAAGAAGCAUUACCACAAGGAAAAACUCCGAGUUGAACCCAAUUUACCGAUUUCCGGUUUGGAGAAAAAAAAUGAGACACUUGGUGGAAGUGAAGAUGCCUUCGGCCCGGCCUUACCACCCCAUUUACUUAAAGGAGAUACAAAAACUGACAAAGCAUUAAUAGGCCCCACAUUGCCAAAUGAAUUUUCAAAUUUCAUUGAGAGCGUACAAAGCAAGUCUUCCGAAAUGUCUGAGCACGAUAACGCGGCUGCUUCAGUUAGUGACGAAGUGGAUGACAUGAAUUUCUCAUAUGGUCCUGUGCCUGUAAACAAUGACUCUGAUGGGUUAGCAAAAAUGAGUUCAACACAAAUGGAAUUGGAGCAACGGGCAUUGGAACUCAAAUUGGCAGCCAUUGAAGGAACUGGUAAUACGACGGACGCAAAAGUACGUGAGGAAUGGAUGUUGGAAUUGCCAGAAGUUGGGCUAAAGGGCGGCUUAGCAGCGCUUUCGAACAUGAAGCGAACGUUUCAUCAGGGGAAAGAAAGACCGGACUUUAGCGAUCGUUCCUCUUGGACAAAAACUCCUCAUGAUGAAACCAAGCCUUCAACGAGCACAUCAAAGUCCAAAACGACGGCUGAGGCAUUGAAACGAAGUGCGGAAGCCGCUUAUGAAAAGCAACGUGAUGAAGAGCAGGCACGUCUUGCAAAGAAGCACAAAAAGCAACACAAGCGAGAUGAGUCUUUAGUGGAAAUACACCAAAAGAAGUUACGAAAGGAGCAAAAGAAGAGAGAAAAGGAACUGGCCAGUGCAGGAGCUAAGCCCGAACGACGACCAUUUAGUCGGGAUGUAGAUUUGAAAUUAAACAAAAUCGACAAAAACCAAACCAAACAGAUCGUCGAUAAAGCAAAAAUACUUAAUACCAAGUUCGCUAGUGGGAAAACAAAGUAUCUUUGAGUAUCUUCGUUUGAGUUCUUACCCAAUAUUAAUGUUUAAUAUAAAUAAUUAUAAAAAUACAUUUUUCACUUACAGAAAUACGAA